AUGAAGUUAAGCGAUAUUGGAAACUUGCUUGAACGAAGAAACAGAGAAAUGAAGCAGCAUAUAAAGCAAAAUGACUGGAAAACAGAUGAAAAAAUCAAAAUAAAUCAUCGAAAAACAGCUAGCUUGAAUUUUCCUAUGCAAAAUAAUGGAGUCAAAUAUAUGAGAUUUCAGUUUGAUUCUGAAAGUUUAGGAAAAUCGCUUAUCCUCCCUAUUCUUGAUGGAAGCGACCAUUAUCAUCCAUCAAGAACGUAGAUUAAAAAAAAGUUUAUAUGAUUUAUUAUUUCCCCAUAUUAAACAAUUUUCUAUAGUCACAAGAUAUAAAUAUUAAGUAUAUUAGGAGUGCGUUGCCAGCCAUUUGAUAGGAAUUUUUUUCUCACAUGAUAUUUCCUCUGAUUUGGCCUAAAUUUUUCUCAUGAGGCAAUUGAUCUUUAAAAUUCUAUCAAAUUUAUCGCAAGUAAAAAAAUUUCAAUAAAAAAUAUCCGAGGAAAUGUCACACGAAGAAAAUAUUUGCACGGAGCCAGCUAAGAGGUUUCAUUUUUAAAAUUUGAAAACUAUACAAUUAGAAUGGAACUAAUUUUCAAUUUUUAGGAAAUUUUAAUAAUCAAUGAUGGGUGAAGUUAGAAACCAAAACAUUUAUAUUGCUCCUUUAAGCAGCAGCACAAAUUUACGAGAUGCACUAGGAAAAUAUUACCAGCCAAAAACUUCAGUUGUUAGAAUUCCUGCGUUUCCAAAAAGUCCUUUUGGCACUCAUAACAACUUGAAUAAUUCAAGUUUGAUUUUUACAGAAUUAGAGCUCCAUAAUUUAAAUGAAGAAAAAAAUGAAGAAAACAUUAAGCUCAUUAAAAAAGUUAAUGGCAGAAACGCAAAGAGAAGGAAUUCAGAAAGAGACAUGACAAACUCAAUAUCUUUUAGAUAUAGAAUUAAAUCACUGCAGCCACAGAGGAACUAUUCCUAUGGAAUUAAUACUGGAUCCACAGAAGGGAAUUAUUGAAGUGAGCUUCUGUGAUAA